AUGGGCCAAAAGAGAGGACGCGACCCGAAAGCCUCGGCGGCUCAGGCAAACAAACGCACGAAGGCUGUCAAGACUGAUGAUGCCAAUGACAAUGAGCGCUCCGUCACAGUCGAGGAGCUUAACUGGAAAGAGGUUGCUAUGCCGGAUCGCAUGGAGGAUGCUGAGGGCUUUUUUGGUCUCGAAGAAAUUGAUGGUAUUGAUAUCAUAAAACAGAGCGGCGGAGAGGUUCAGUUCAGAGCAAAGUCCGGGGUACCAAGAAAAUCGCUCCUUAAGGUCGUUCCUGAAGAUGACAACGGCGAAGAGUGGGGUGGUUUCAGCGACGAAGACUCGUCCAAGAUGACCCCGACUGCUGACAAGUCCUCCGCCAAAAAGAGCUCGGCUGCACCCGAAGCAAAGGAGGAUAAAAAGGAUAAGCAAUCGAAGAAGGACAAGAAAAAGGAGCAAAACAAGGCCAAAAAUGGAGAUCAAAAGCUCAAGGAGCAGAAGGCUAAAGAUCCUAAAUCCACUCAAAAUCAGAGCAUGAGUGGGCUCUCAUUUGCCGCCCUUGAAGAGGCAGAAGAUGAUGAUGGGGUGGACGUUUCAGCUUGGGACUCCCUCAACCUUUCAUCUGAGAUUUACGCCGGUCUUUCCAAAAUGAAGUUCAGCACCCCGUCAGCUAUUCAGAAGUCCGCUAUUCCAGCCAUUAUGGAUGGCCAUGAUGUUGUCGGCAAGGCUUCCACGGGUUCCGGUAAAACGUUGGCGUUUGGUAUUCCCAUUAUCGAGCACUAUUUAGAUAAGAGGGCGAAGCAGGGCGAAACCGAGGAAAAAGCCAAAACACCUAUUGCGUUGAUCCUAUCCCCUACUCGCGAACUGGCACAUCAACUAGCCAAGCAUAUCGGAGAGCUUAUCGCCAAUUCUCCUGACACAAAUGCCCGCAUCGCUCUGUUGACUGGUGGUCUUUCUAUUCAGAAACAACAGAGACAGCUCGCUUCAGCUGACAUUGUCGUUGGAACACCUGGUCGUGUGUGGGAGAUCCUUAGCACGGGAACAGGUUUGAUCCGAAAAAUGCAGAAGAUCCAGUUUUUGGUCGUGGACGAGGCUGAUAGACUUCUGAGCCACGGAAACUUCAAGGAAGUGGAAGAUAUCCUCGGUGCAUUGGACAAAGUGCAAGCCGGAGACAUUGCCGACAUGGAUGACGAAAAAGAGGAGCAAGAAGAGCCUUCCCAAAGACAGACUCUUGUCUUUUCAGCUACAUUCCACAAGGACCUGCAACAAAAGCUAGCAGGAAAGAGCCGCUGGACAGGCGGUGAUAUGUUGGACAACAAGGAGUCCAUGGAGUAUCUCUUGAAGAAAUUGAAUUUCCGCGAAGAGAAACCCAAGUUCAUUGAUGUGAACCCCGAGUCUCAAAUGGCUUCGGGACUCAAGGAAGGAAUUGUGGAAUGUCCUGCUAUGGAAAAGGACAUUUAUCUUUACUCGGUCCUGCUCUACUACCCCAAAAACCGCACACUUGUGUUCACAAACUCCAUCUCUGCUGUCCGCCGUAUCACCCAGCUCUUGCAGGUUCUUCAGCUCCCUGUAUUCGCCCUCCAUUCCAACAUGGCCCAAAAGGCCCGACUCCGUUCCGUGGAGCGAUUCUCAUCACCCACCGCUGAUCCCAGCUCAAUUCUUGUCGCUACUGACGUUGCUGCUCGUGGUUUGGAUAUCAAGGGCAUCAAUUGUGUGAUCCAUUACCAUGUUCCACGCGCAGCAGACGCAUACGUCCAUCGAUCUGGUCGUACCGCCCGUGCCGGUGAGUCCGGCAAGAGUAUCCUCAUCUGUGCUCCCGAAGAAGUUGUCGGCGUUGCCCGUCUCGCUGCGAAGAUCCACGCCAAGAGAACGAAGGGCGAAGACGAUGAUGCACCUAGUAAGAAACUUCCUCUAGAGUCUCUUGACAUUGAUCGUCGGGUCGUCGCUCGUCUCCGCCCCCGCAUGGCGCUUGCUAAGCGGAUCACCGAGUCCACCAUUGCCAAGGAGAAGGUCAACACGGAGGACAACUGGCUUCGUGCUGCAGCCGAUGAUCUCGGCGUCGAAUAUGACAGUGAUGAAUUCGAUCAGUCCAAGGGUAAGGGCCGAGGUCGUGGUGGUGGCCGCGAACGUCGUGAAAAGGAGGCUAGCGAAAUGACCAAAUCCGAAAUGGCUGCUCUUCGCGCAGAGCUUAAGCAACACCUUUCACAGCGCAUCAAUAUUGGUGUCAGCGAAAAGUAUCUUACUGCCGGUCGCAUUGAUAUUGAUGCUCUCCUUCGUGGGGAAGGCAACAAGUCUUUCCUUGGCCACCUGGAUCCUUUGACCUUCUAA